AGAAAAUUAGCGUAAAGCACAGAGCUGAGCUGAGGCCAUCUGGAGCUUGACCUCGCGCUCGUUGGGGGACUGCGGACAAGUUGAAAGGCGAGCAGUCGUCCCAUAUGAGGUGAAACGCAGGAAGAAGAGCUUUGGAGAGCGGGCAGGAAAGAAGGAAACGCUGGGAUGGUGAGUGGCGAGGCGAUGCCCCGGUGAGGCGUGCAGAGUUCGGGGACAACUUGCGCUUCGAGUCCCCUGGAAUCGAGACUUUCCGGAGCCGGGAUCGGUUGGGCUUUUUUGUCUAUGUCUUGUUGGGAGAUCUGGUGGAUUUUUCUCGCUCUCCUGGAGGAAGAAGCCGGUGCUGGUGGUUCGCUGCUUGGUCUUUGCUGGAGGGUGAAGGAAGAGAAGGGAUCUCGUUUGAGCUGUGCGGAGGGAGAGCUCGGACAUGUGUCAGCACAUCUGGGGAACACAGGCUGCAAGUCCGAAAGGAGAUUUUCUGGGAUCAUUCAAACUGCGAUAUUGAUCUUUGUUGUUUUCUUUCGCCGAGGGAUGCACUUGGCAUGAGAAUCGGAGGAUGGAAAUUGUUUGGGAGGUGCUUUUUCUUCUGCAAGCCAAUUUCAUCGUCUGCAUUUCAGCUCAGCAGAAUUCACCAAAAAUCCAUGAGGGCUGGUGGGCGUAUAAGGAGGUGGUCCAAGGAAGCUUUGUUCCGGUUCCUUCUUUUUGGGGCUUGGUGAAUUCGGCCUGGAAUCUUUGCUCUGUGGGAAAGCGACAGUCACCAGUCAAUAUAGAAACCAGCCAUAUGAUUUUCGACCCCUUCCUUACCCCUCUUCGCAUAAACACAGGGGGCAGAAAGGUCAGUGGGACAAUGUAUAAUACAGGGCGGCAUGUUUCCCUACGUCUGGACAAAGAACAUUUGGUCAACAUCUCUGGAGGGCCCAUGACAUACAGUCACCGCUUGGAAGAGAUCCGGUUACACUUUGGAAGCGAAGACAGCCAAGGGUCAGAACACCUACUGAAUGGACAAGCUUUCUCUGGGGAGGUUCAACUAAUCCACUAUAACCAUGAGUUAUAUACAAAUGUUACAGAAGCUGCAAAAAGUCCCAAUGGCUUGGUGGUAGUUUCUAUAUUUAUGAAAGUAUCUGAAUCAUCAAAUCCAUUUCUAAAUCGUAUGCUUAACAGAGACACCAUAACAAGAAUAACGUAUAAAAAUGAUGCUUACUUACUGCAGGGACUUAAUAUCGAAGAACUUUACCCCGAAACCUCUAGUUUCAUUACAUAUGAUGGGUCAAUGACGAUUCCACCCUGCUAUGAAACAGCAAGCUGGAUAUUAAUGAACAAGCCUGUCUACAUAACAAGGAUGCAGAUGCAUUCGUUACGACUGCUAAGCCAGAAUCAGCCUUCACAGAUUUUUCUGAGUAUGAGCGACAACUUCAGACCAGUCCAGCCUCUCAACAAUCGUUGUAUCCGAACAAACAUCAACUUUAGUUUACAGGGGAAAGAUUGCCCAAACAAUAGAGCACAGAAACUACAGUAUAGAGUAAACGAAUGGCUGCUCAAAUAAUUAAGGCAAAAGCAGGAAGAACUCUUAACCUCAGUGGAAUGCUACUACUGUGAAUUGACGUAAUGCAGAAAGCCCCCCUCAGUCUCAUUCAGUCUUCGGUCUUUGUACUUCAUAGGUGGCACGCACAACUGUGCUCCAACAAAAAGGAUGCCAAGUUGGGAAUUCAGCUAAAUGAAAUUUAUUCAUAUGAUCAAUCAUAACAAAAACAAACAAGCAAAAGACAAUACUUACCGUUAACAUGGUUACAAUUUUGAUACUGUUUUCCUGAAACUACAAUAGCUCACAAAGAAAAGACUUUUCAGACUUUGUACAUAUGAAAUAUCUCCUCUGUUCCCCUCCCCCUUCUUCCCCCUCCCAUCAUCCCCUCAUUAAAAUAAAAUGGUGGUUCACUACCGCAUCCAAGUGGAUUUGUGUUCUGUGUGCCAAGUAAUCCUUGGAAAGCUCUCAUUAUAUCACUUUCAUAACUGGUUACUGGCAAAGCAGAACUAGAAGAUUGUAAGGGAAACUUAUUUCUGGGUCAUGAUCUUUCUGUUUAUUUAAUAAUGGACAGAUACUGAGAUAAAUAUUGUAAAUAGAUCACUGAAGAAUAUAAAGGAAACUGAAAUAUUUUCCCCUCAUCACAUAUCUGUAGUAGGAACUGCCAAGGCUGGAAUUAAUCCAUUUUCCUAUUUAUUGUUUUACAAAGGUCAUACAUUGUGUUUGGUUACUGUUAACAAUUCAAUAAAUGUGUUUAACAAAUUAAUUUACUACACUUGCUUUGGUUUACUUUUUCCUCUCAGAAAUGAAAAGCCUCUAAAAUUCUGAGUACAUUAACUUUAUUUAAAUAAAAAUUUUAAUUCCUCAAAGUAGUCCUGUUGAAAUUAAAAGGACCAGCUAGCCAUUGCCUAACUUGUUCCUUUAAUUUCAAUGGGACAAUUCUGAAUUAUUUUCCUCAUUUCACUCACUAACCAUAUUUUGUUUCUUUCUGGCCAGUUCAGCUAGUUUGACAAUUGGGAAUAUAUUUAAAUAAAUUAGUGUGACUUUAAUUCCAUCAUAUGACUACAGUAUCAGAAGCAUAAUAGAUUAUGUUAUGGUCAUUGUCAGGUCAGGUCAUUGUCUGAAUAAAACUAUUCUUAUCCAGACAGUGACCUCAUAGUAUGUUUCAGAUCAGCAAUUAAUAAUAUUUUGAAUCUGACAAAAGCUGGAAGGCCAAGAACAAUGGUCCAAAUUGCUAUUAAUAUACAGGCUUUUUAACUUCUGCCUCUUGAACAGCACAGGCUAUGAUUUCUUCAAUUAUGGAUCUCACUCCCAUUGCCCAAUGAUUUCUCCCAUGACUGAGAAUCAAAGGUUGAUGCAUACGGAGAGAACUCAGUUCAGAUUAUCAUCAAAACCAUGAUGUAGAUUAUCAUGAACAAGCUGCCCUCUGUGCAGGAUCACAGGCUUCUCCUUACCUACCUCUCUUCCUCCUUCAUAUGCUAGCAGAAGAGAUUGCAUUCUCAUUAACCACAGUUCCUUGUUACAACCAAAUUCGGGGAACUGUGGUAUUUUAACAGACCAGGGUAUCAAAUCACAGUUUGAUGCUGGUAUAUUUUAACAAAUCACAAUUUCCUGAAUCCAGCUAUUACUGUGGUUAGUUUGAAAGUGAAAGGAGAUGCGUGUGACCUUCUCCUUUAGAGCGUGUGAUCUUCUCCUUUCCUCCUAAACAGAGGAGAUGGGCAAGUACGAGCCCACGGAAAGGGCAGGUUUGUUCUCUUUCAGAAUCUCUUCACAUAGGGUAGAACACAAGGAGUUCUCCUUUUUCUUGAAGCUAGUCAUUUCAGCUCCAGGAUAAGCCCCCUCUUUGUAGGCUGAGCACUAAUACAAUGUCACGACAUGGAACUUUCAUGGUGAAGGGAGAGUGCCUAGGCAGGCACUGUCCAAUAAGUACAUGGAACCUAUGUACAACUAUAUUCCAGAUAGUAUCACAACACUCUCCAUACCAGGAAAAGAAUCAUAUUAUCCAACACUAUACUGACGUUUCACUGCUAUGAUAGUGUGGUAUCCCUGAAAUGAAACUGCUUCCUUGAGAGAAGACAUCUGAAUUCUGCACAACAAAUGUACAUUUGCUAUCUUAUAAACUGAUCAUCUGGAAAAGCCCUUAGUUGCAAAUUUUCAUUUCCCUUCUGAGUCCACUGUUGAAGCAUACCAGCUUAAUCUUGUAUAUUGUAUGGAAAGGGGUCUAUUUUUCUUUACAAACAAAACAGGAUCUGACCAAAUCAAAAGUGAAUGUCUUUGUUUUUUUCAUAUUUUUAAUGGUCAUUUACUGUGUUUGGUUACUGUCAAGAACUCAAUAAAUGUGUUUAUCAAGUUCA